AUGAGUACUUCUGCUGAAACUUUAUCCAAAGAAAUCCGAGAAGAGGAAGAACCAAAAUACAAAAUGAGUACUUCAUCCAAUGCUGAGAGAACAGAAGUUGAUGUGGUUGUAGAGGUCAAAGAUGUUGAAAGAGACCGUGAUACUGAACUUUUGAGACCCAAGAGAGCUCUCAGGAAGAGGACAAGAUCAAGAAGAAGAACGCUUCAGCAUCAGUUAUGGUUAUGUAAUGAAGAGUGGAAUGAAGAGUUUGUAACUCCUACAUGGUUUGGUUAUUUAUGGUAUUGGUUGGCUACAAUUUUCUGCAGUAUCAUACCAGUGUUCAAUAUGGCAAGACCAUUAGCAAAAAUAUGCGACAUCAAUGACAGCAAAGAACUUUGGAAAGUUUCUGUUCGUGUGCACCACAAAUGGACAGUUGUUUCGAACAAGAGGGAGCAUUUUGAGAUGAUCUUUGUUGAUGUAUCGGGUGGUGACAUAGAUGUUGUUGUUCCUGCACUGCAUGUAUCUCUUUUUUCUGAAAAAAUGGUCUUGGAUCAUAGUUACACUGUUUCCAAUUUUAAGGUUCAGGCUAAUGUUGCGGCUUUCAGACCUUCGUCUCAUAAGUUUAUGUUGAAGUUUACUGCUGGCACUACGGUUACGGAUGAUAACAACGCUGAAAUACCUCCAAAGCCAUUGGUGUUUACUAAAUUUACUGAUAUAAUAAACGGCAACUUUAACAAGGAUGUGCUAAUAGAUGUCAUUGGUAUGGUGGAAAGUAUUGGGUAUUCACAGACAACAUCAGGUGCCCGGAAGCAGCAGAUUAACAUGAUGCUGCGUGACGGGGGGAGCGGAGAUGAUUCUGGUCCUAUUUUUGUCAUGAUUCAAUAUGCUAAAGUCAAGGAACAGGGUAAGUUUCCACUGUCCGUGACAAACACGUUUAAUGUUACCGUCCUUGGUCUGAAUACUGAUUUACUGCCGAUGAAAGAGUUUAUAGAAAGUUUUCCGAAGGAUUCCAUGAUUACGUUGUCUGGCCAGGAGGGUUCCAAUUCACAGCUUUCAGCACAGAACUCUGAAAAUCAACAGAUGACUCCUGUACAGAAAUUGCUUUCAAAGGCUGUUGUAAUGCCUAUUGGGGAUAUUAUAAAACUCAGAACUAUUACAUUUUGUGCGACUGUGGGAGAAACUAAAAUGCUGGUUGCCUCUCCGUAUGGCUGGUAUUAUCGUGGUUGUCAUGCUUGCUCAUGUAUUGCGCGUGGUGACAGAGCUCCGUUUGAGUGUGAGGCUGGACAUUUCACUGAGGCAGAGAUUUUUAGGUAUAAGAUUGAGAUUAAGGUUACUCAUGCCGGGAAUAGAUGUAACUUUUUAUUUUGGGACCGAGAGUGUGAGUUACUUUUGGGAUUGUCUGCUUCUCAGCUGCGUCAUACAAUGAUUAAGGCUGGCAUUCAUGAUCCCUUGGAAUUCCCAUUGGCAUUGGAUCAGAUGUUGGAUUGCAAGAUGGCUUUCAAAGUUAAGUGGCAACCACGUUGGAAGAAUGCCUCUGUCGUUAUGCUAUUGAAGAAUGACCCUUUUGUGAAAGAGCUUGCUGAUCAGUUUGACACAGAUGAGAUGAAACAGCCUGCUGUCGAAGCAAUGACCACUGUUCCAUCCGAACCUAAUUUUGUCGUCGUAAGGACGUUUACUGAUCUUGAUGUGAUUUCAACGCACAACACAGAUCCACUUACUCCUACUGGAAAAAGACACUUUCCAGGCGCAUCAAGCGAGUCAACAACCUCGGAUGCCACGUGUGAUGGAGAACUUUCAUCAAACAAGUUAAAGAAAAUUAUAAAAAUAGAGAAGAUAGAUUAG